AUGCAUGGCUAUGCAGACUUGCCUGUUAAUCCAAAUUUGAAAGAAGUUCAUUCCCCACAGGCUCUCGAUUCCAGAUUUUUGUCACAGAAUACGUCAAGUCAGUUGAGAUCACUUGAUUCUCCUUCAGUCGUUAGUAACACCGUUAACCUGCAGUGGGUCCCCUUUAAUGGUUCUGUUCCCACUGACACGGUAUCCAUCUUGAACAAUUAUGCCUCACGCACUGACUACGUCUGUAAAGCCCACUGUGAGCCCGGAUUCUACAACCCGAGUAAAGGUUCAAGGUGUUUUUAUGCUUAUGGUGGAAAAGAGUACUAUUCAGAUUCAUUUGACAUUUUGGUCAACAGGGACAAUUUUGAGUUUCUAGAGUGGGUGAUGGGAUUAUGUGGCUCACUUCCAUCAUUAGCCAUCAAGUCCUGUGAAGAUUACGACGCCUUUGUUGGUAAAAACAGAUACGGCUUAGGUAAGGUGGUCCCAAAGCAUAGCGCCUUCUUUCUGCCAUGGGAGAGUAAGGAGUAUUAUUACAAGUAUUACGAAGUCCUCUCCAUCAACCCAGGAUCUUACAGUCAGAAAAUCUCUCAUGUCGUCUAUGAUACUUGUCAGGCUAACCUCCUUGAACAACCUCCUGAAGUGCUGAAGAUAUCAACAUUGGACAACUACGAGUGCCAGAGCAUAAAGAGAACUGUCACUUUAGAGGCAACAGCCAUGAGUGACAGACGCUGGGACAUCCAGCAUUCAGCAAUUUAUGGAGUCUCCAUUAACAUCACUGCUGGAAUCCCUUCAUUCCUCUCUGGGUCUGUCAGGGUCUCCACAGAGAAAACGUUCAUAACUACUUUCGGUGAAAUAUCAAGCAUGCCUAACAACCACUCUUUUAUAUUUGAGGAAACUGUACAACCCAAUUACUCCUGCAGUGUGAAAAUGGUAGGAAAGAAGGUGACCACCAACGUCCCGUUCACCGCCAGACUGAGCCGCACUUACUGGAAUGGCAGAAAAGAACAGACCACUGUUGUGGGCAAAUAUCAGGGAGAGGAGAUCGGGGAGGUGAAAGUCGUGGUGCAGCGCUGCGAGCAAAUCCCCAAUGCUCAACCCUGUCCAGCUGCGUGA